CCACCUCAUCGCACCGUCUUCAAUACCAGAAGCACUGUGGGCUGUAUAGUUUCGGUAUCGUUUUCGCAUCGCCUGUGUCACUGGAUACAUCUGUACAUAGCCAUCACUCACCUAUCUUCAGCCUGUCUUUUAAGCCGGUCCGAUGUCAUCCACAUGGUUACGCCCGUUUCUGCCAGUGUAGGCACCCAUGACGCAGAAGACUUGUUUUUUACGAUAUCAUACAGCUCACAUGGACAAUACUGUGUCUUGCAAAACUAAAGAGAAGGAAGAAGGACGUAGUUGCUAUGACGACACUCAUCGCACCAGAGGCACGCGUACUGCACUACACGCCGACGUACUACCGCAGCGCGAGCUCACCUGUAAAGAAGGACAAAGCCAACGACUUAUUUACUAAGUCAAAUCCUGCCAUAUACGUCACCAGGAUCCACAGGGUCCUCCGCCGCAAGGCGCAACAAACAAAUGCUGUGGCUGAACCGUCACAUGCCCGUCCGAUUGAAACUCGAGGUCAUCCAAGACAAUGGCGGCAACCCACGCGCACAUUUUCCGACCUCACCUCUUCUGUCACUCGCCCGCCACACUAGAACACAUGUUUGCAUCUACCCGUAUGCAGGCACCGUCACUAAUCAUGCAGGCACUGCUUUUGCCCACAUAUGUCUUAUUCGAACCCUGCCUUGCUUUCAGACGAGCCAGGCGCGUGGUAGCACCGUCUCGCGCAUGCGCCAUGGGGCUAGCGGGUGACUAUUUACGGCACAACAGUCAUGAUAGUAAGUAUAUACACACAGAAGAAAGGACGCCAAAUCAAGAGAGAGGAGUUGGUGAGAGAAGGUGGAUAUGAUCAUAUGUACAGAACAGGUCGUGUGCCAGUCUUAGAAUAAGUAAACCAGGUACUUCCCUUAUUGUUG